UGUAUAGUUAAGUAAUUACUUGGUGGAUAAUCGGUUUCACGUUAGAAAAUGCUUAUAAGUACCGCAUUACUGAUAUCAUGUACAACGUUGAAAGCAGCGCAAUAGUCAACAUGUACGCCAAGACAAUUUUAUUCGUUUUCGCGACACUUUUGCCAGCAACCAUUUUUGGCCAAUCUGACGCCGAGACUUGGUUCAAGGGUGGAAAUUUUUAUCAAAUAUAUCCACGAUCAUUCAAAGAUGACAACAAUGACGGUAUUGGCGAUCUCAAAGGAAUCAUCUCAAAAUUGGAAUAUCUAAAGGACAUCGGAAUCGAUGGUGUUUGGUUAUCACCAAUUUACCAAAGUCCGAUGGUAGAUUUCGGAUACGAUAUCUCAGAUUUUACACAAAUUCAACCUGAAUACGGUACACUCGAGGAUUUCGAAGAAUUGGCAGAAAAUUGCAAGCGUCUUGGUGUUCGUCUCAUUUUGGACUUUGUUCCAAAUCAUACAUCUGACCAACACGAAUGGUUCAUCAAGUCGGUGAAUAAAGAGGAAGGAUAUGAAAAUUUCUACGUUUGGCAUCCAGGAAAAGUGAAUGAAACAACCGGUGAACGUAGCCCACCAUCUAACUGGUUAAGUGCUUUUCGUUAUUCAGCAUGGGAAUGGAAUGAAAAGCGUCAAGAAUAUUAUUUGCAUCAAUUUGCAAUUCAACAACCAGAUUUAAACUACCGAAAUCCAGAAGUACUUAAAAAAAUGAACGAGGUAUUGAUUUACUGGUUAGAAAAAGGAGUGUCUGGAUUUAGAAUUGACACAAUCCCAUCCCUGUACGAAGUUGCUCCCGACGAAAAUGGCAAUCUUCCCGAUGAAUUGCCAAGUGGUAAAUGUGACGAUCCCGACGCAAGCUGCUACUUGAAACAUAUUUACACAUAUGAUCAAGAUGAAACAUAUGAUGUUGUUUACGAAUGGAGAGAACUAUUGAACAAAUUUCAUGCGGACAAUGGUGGAGACCAACCAAUUUUAAUGACUGAAGCGUAUUCCGACUUGAAUCAUAUCGUCAGAUAUUAUGGAAACGGACAACGAAAUGGAUCACAAAUUCCAUUCAAUUUUCAUCUUUUGGCUAAAGUUAAUCGAAAUUCAAAGGCAGCCGAUUACAAAAAACUCAUUGAAGAAUUCUUGCAAGCUGUUCCAUCCGACUGUGAAGCCAACUGGGUGUUGGGAAAUCAUGAUCAAAAACGUGUGGCUAGCCGUCUCGGUGAAAAAAGAGUUGAUUUGUACAACAUUUUGCUGAAAACUCUGCCCGGUAUCUCUAUUACUUAUGCUGGCGAAGAAAUCGGUAUGACUGACGUAAUCAUUUCGUGGGAAGAUUCUGUUGAUCCACAAGCAUUAAAUACAAACGAAACAACCUAUUAUGCAUUUUCACGUGAUCCAGCUCGAACUCCCUUUCAAUGGGAUGAAUCGAAGAAUGCUGGCUUCAACAGAGGUAAUAAAACGUGGCUUCCGAUCAGCACUAACUACAAAUGCGUCAACGUCAGAACCGAAAGCACUCAACCCAAAAGCCAUUUGAAUGUAUACAAACGUUUGAUAAAACUCCGCAAAGAAGCAGGUCUUGGCGCUGCUUCAUAUGAAUCGGAACUUUUUGGAGAAAUUUACACAUACAAACGUCAAAAUGAUUCACUUAAGCCAAUAAUAGUGGCUUUGAAUUUCGGCAAUUCCUGGACAACGAUCGAUGUCUCAGCUAGAUACGGUGUAUCAGAAUCAUUGAAGGUCGUUACCGCAUCAACUGAGUCACAAUACGAAGAAGGACAAAUUAUAAAUGGUACUCGACUCACAUUGCCAAACGACGUGGGAAUUGUACUCACAACUGUUUAAAUCUUCGCAAAGGAACAGAGCUGUUACAGAGAGACACCGUGGAAGUGCGGGCACUAUUCUUGUAAGUGUCACUCUUUCUUGUAUACGGUAUCAAUAACAGCUUUGCGAAAGAAUAUAAUAGAUGACAAUAAAUUGCUACAAGUAUACGAAA